GCGUUAUUCUAGCUCGUUGACCUAUGUUCAACUCAAAAUACGAGCAAGUUAAGGGUCACGUCCGUUGUUAAGGUCGGUUUUUCGGUUCUAAAACUCUAGCUAUGUAGCAUAUACAAUACCCUUUUUAGCUUCUAGAAACGACUUCUUUAGUUUGAGAUCCCUCCUAACUAAGAGCAUCAAUAUUGGUAUUGCAUUUUCAAUUGCAAAAUGACAUAGCAUAUGUGUUUGCAAUUGAAAAAACAAUUACAUUGAUGUGGCUAUCAAUUGCAUAUUUGCAAACUUGCAACAAAUACAAUUCCAUAUGCAAGUCAAAAAAGCCUAAAAAAAUGGGAAUUUUUUAUUUUAUUUUAUAUUAUAUUAUUUUCUUUUCUCUUUUACUUAAUUUUCUAUAAUUUAAAUAUAAUAUAGUGUCAGUGAUCAGGGGGUGGUAACUCAUAUCACGGGCGGAAACUUUGCACAGAGUUCCAUUACUAUUAAUGGAUGGCUUCGCGAUUUCUUAUGGGCACAGUUUAAUUACAUUUUUAAUUGCAAGUUAAUUGCAUUGAUGUAGGUGAAUGAAAUGAAUGUGAUAUGGAUUGCAAAAAAUUUGAGUUGAUAAUAAAAAACACAAAUACAAUUUCUUUUGUAAUUGCAUUGAUAGAGAUGCUCACCGAAUAAAAAAAAUUAGGACAUAUGUUCCGCCCAACCACCUGGGUUUUGUUAUUGCGUUCAUUCUUCCAAGAGCAGCACGAGCAAACAGAGAUCGAAAGGGAAAGGAAGAAAAAUGUAACUAAAUCUAGCUCGAGAUGACAACAAAUUGAUAUUAUUUUCACAAGUGAAAGGUGAAUUUUACAUUAACAUAAUUAUUGUUAAUUUCAUAAGUGAAAAAUGAAUAUUGGUGAAUAUUAGUAUUUCUAAAUUGAAUAUUAUUAUUUUCAUAGUUUUAUAGUUUGGUAUGGUUUUGAAUUUGAAGAAUUUACAAAAUUGAAGUAUGAAAGUUAAAUAACUAAAUUGACAUAGUUUGAACUUGAAUUUAUCAAAUCGUAUAAAUGAAAUUAAGUGAUCAAAUUGACUUUAAGACAAAGCUAAAUAUGAAAAAGUAAAAAAAAAAAAACCGACAUUGUUGCUAUUGCACGAUCUAAUUUUAACUUAUGUUUUAGUUUAAGGAUCCAGAACACAAUAGUCGAAUGAGGAAUUUUACAAUGCUAUAUAGCAUUGGUGCUAUAGAUUUUUGCCUUUAUGGUACAACUUGAAAUUGUAUCUUUAACGUUAUGGUACCACUUCAGAUUGUACCUAUACUUUUUGUACAAAUUCUUUUAUGGUACAACUUAAACUUGUACCUUGUGUGAUGGUACAACUUCAAGUUGUAAAGUUGUACCAUAACAUAAUGAUACAAAUUCCUUUAUGGUACAACCUAAACUUAUACAUUUAAUGUUAUGGUACAACUUCAAGUUGUACAUUAAAGCACCAAUGCUAUAUAGUAUAGUAGAAGUGCUCGAGUUGAAUAAGGUAUCAUAGAGACACAAUUACGAACGAUAAAUAGCCAAUAUCAAAAGGGAAAAAUUGACAUCAUCUACGUCCUCAAUAAUUUUUCUCUAUCUUUUCAAUAGCUCAAGUGCCACGUGUCCCUCCUCUCUCACCGCUACCUUGAUAAAUACCAAUCUCAAGGCUGCUUAUAUUUGCAAUUCAUCUUAAGUAAGUAGUAAGCCUAACAAAAAAAAAAAAAGAAAAAUAAAGUAUUUAACGAAGUAUUGACCGGUCAAUCAUGGCUGCUGCCGAUCCUAUCAGUGCGGGAGAGAGAGACCUAGCGCAAGUACUUGCGGCGAGCUGUGCAGAACCGCCGGCAGCGUAUUUGCAGAAUGAGGUGAUGGCUGGAGUCGCCGACGGGACUCUCCCGGUGAUCGACGUCCCCCAAGUUGAUAUCUCACUCCUAUCGUCUCCUUGUCCGGCCACCUCCAAAGCUGAGGCCCAGAAACUCGGCUCAGCUCUCUCCACCUACGGCUGCUGUUUGGCAGUAAAUCAUGGAACAACAAGCGCCUUUCUGGACAGUGUGCGUGAUGUUUUGAACGACUUCUAUCGACUUCCACUGGAAGAGAAGACUCGCCACGCCAGACCAUUUGGAAACUGGGAAGGUUAUGGAUUUGACGAAAUCCCUGACAACUACGGAUCCCUUGACUGGAGUGACCGAUUGAUGAUCAUGAUAAGCCCUGAAGAGCACAAGAAAAUGCAGUAUUGGCCUGAGGCCAAACCACCCAACUUCAGGAGAAUCGUGGAGGAGUGGGCCAGCAAGUUAGAAGUACUGCUGGAGAAGGUGCUGAAGGGGAUGGCGACGUCUUUGGAUUUAGACGAGAAGAGUUUUGUGGAGGAGAUGGGAGAGCCUCGCAUUGUGGCGAGGUUCAACUUGUAUCCAAAGUGCUCAAGGCCAGACAGAGUUCUGGGCCUCAACUCCCACACCGAUGGGUCAGCUGUCACCUUUCUGCUGCAGGACAAAGAGGUGGAAGGGUUUCAGCUGCUUCUCAAGGAUGGACAAUGGGUUAGGGUUCCUGUCACGCCCACUGAUGCACUCCUCAUCAAGAUGGGGGAUCAAGGAGAGAUUAUAAGCAACGGAGAGUUCAAGGCUCCGCUGCAUAGGGGAGCGCUGAACACACAAAGGGCGAGGACGUCGAUAGCUGUGUUCUGUAUACCGGAGGCGGCCAAGGAAAUCGGACCGGCGAAGGGGCUCGUCGACGAAACCAGGCCAGCAAAAUAUAAGAAGAUCACAGACUACGAGCGCGACUACCUUCAAGAGUCGAACCACAGGACAUUGAUCGACUCCUUGAAGCUUUAAAGCCCUCUAGCUAGUCAGUGAUCAUGCAUGUUUGUUGGAUGUCGUGCUGUUAGAAUAAGUCCCUACACAGUUAUGAAUGUAGUGAUCCGACCAAUCCAAUCCACCAAUCCAAUCUAUUUGCCACCUCUAAGUGGUCGCAUUUGUAUCAACCUUAUUUAUGAUUUUCGGUUUGUUUCGUUGACUUGAUGUGUGUUUGGCUUAUUAAUGUUCCGUGGGAUCUCAUCUCAUGUGACAUGUUAUGUAUUUGAUGUUUUUUUUUAUAGUUUGAUUAUCAAUAAUGUAGACGCCACGGGGAAAAGUGUCUUUUAGCAACACUUUAUGGGGUAAAUUGCAAGGUUGGUCAAUGGGAUUAUAAAAGAUGUUCAUAUUU